GGGUGCACAUGUAAAGUGCACAGUGCUUUGAGGAGAGGAGGGGAUGGAGCGGCACACACCGUGCGGAUUCACCUGCCGUGAGGACGCAGCACAUGUCUCCAUGGAUUCUCCUUUCGCUUUUCCUCUCCGUUUGUUUCGAGCGGCACUUGUCCCACCGCGUCGCUACGAGGCGCGCCUCUCCCCGCACGCAGCGGACCACUGAGUGAGAGAGAGCAGCGGCGUUUCAUCCCUGAAGGGUGAAAGCUGUGCGCAAUUUGGCACGGGACUGCCUUGGACUCCGAGGGACCCUGAUCGCGUUCGUUGGACCCGAGUCACGUCACAUUUUGAUUGUUUCUAAAACACAGAGGCAAAAUUUAAACUCUGGGAAUGUAACUAUUUUUCUUUUUCUUCUUCUUCUUUCGGUGUUGGAGCGGGAUGGAUUCGUUGAAUCUGAGCGGCGCGGAAUCGUUCUCCGUGGUUCACAUCAACUCCUCCCUGGACACGGGAUACUCCUUAGCAGCGAUCGCCGGCAUUGCUGCCCUGGUGAGUUUCCUCAUCCUCUUCACCGUGGUCGGGAACAUACUGGUGGUCAUCGCCGUGCUGACCAGCCGCGCACUCAAAGCUCCCCAGAACCUUUUUCUGGUGUCGCUGGCCACCGCCGACAUUCUAGUCGCCACGCUGGUCAUGCCCUUCUCCCUGGCCAACGAACUCAUGGGCUACUGGUAUUUUGGAAAAGUUUGGUGCGGCAUUUACCUGGCGCUGGACGUGCUGUUCUGCACCUCUUCUAUCGUUCACCUGUGCGCUAUCAGCCUGGACAGGUACUGGUCCGUCACGCAGGCGGUCGAGUACAACCUCAAGCGCACGCCCAAGCGCGUCAAGUGUAUCAUUCUGAUCGUGUGGCUGAUAUCCGCGUGCAUCUCGUCCCCGCCCCUCGUGCUGAUCGACGGCCACAAUGACCUCAUCGUCGGCUCCCCGCAGCCCCAGUGCGCGCUCAACGACGACACGUGGUACAUCCUGUCCUCCAGCGUGGCUUCCUUCUUCGCGCCGUGCGUGAUCAUGGUGCUCGUGUACGUGCGCAUCUAUCAGGUGGCCAAGACGCGCACGCGGAACAUGUCCGUGAAGAAGCCCCGGUCCGACGUCACAACCACGCAGCAGACGGAGAACGGCCUGAGCAAGGCGACGUCGCCGUACCUCGGAGAGCGCGAGAACGGCCGCUUCCAGUGUCCCCCUCCCCCUGCUUCUUCUCCUCUUUCUCCUUCUCCUCCUCCUCCUCCUCCCCCCACUCUGUCCACCCACCCAAGCACCGCUAGCCUCCAGACCCAGACGGAGACACAGACCCAGACCCAGACCAAGACCCCAUCCGGGACCCAGACCCAGACCCAAACCGGGACCCAGACCCCGACCCCGACCCAAACCCGGACCCGUACAGACGAGGUCGAAAUGGACGAGAGUUCCUCAUCGGAGGAGGGGGUCAAAGGUCAUCACAAAAAGCCUCAAAGCCGCGACGUCAAGACUGCCGGUGCUAACGGUGGCGGUGGCGGUGGCGCCGAGGUCAAAGCCGCGCUGGCGAGCCGCAAGAGCAGCUCCCUGUCCCUCAAACACCCCCUCUCCCGCGCCGGCAACAAGUCCGUGGAGAUCUUCCAGGCGUCCCGGCGGCAGCGGCGGCGGGGGGGCCAGCGGCGCCGGAGCUCGGUGUCCGGGAAGAAGGCCUACCAGGCGCGGGAGAAGAGGUUCACCUUCGUCCUGGCCGUGGUCAUGGGCGUGUUUGUGCUGUGCUGGUUCCCCUUCUUCUUCAGCUACAGCCUGUACGGCGUGUGCCGCGAGGCCUGCCGCAUCCCCGAGCCGCUCUUCAAGUUCUUCUUCUGGAUCGGCUACUGCAACAGCUCGCUGAACCCCGCCAUCUACACCAUCUUCAACCAGGACUUCCGCCAGGCCUUCCAGAAGAUUCUGUGCCGCUCGUGGAAGAGGUCGUUCUAGAGCCCCCCCGAAAAACCCCGGAAGACGUCUUCGGAAGCAAACCGGAAGGAAGUCAUUCUAGAGCAAAACACCCCCCUGGAAUAAGUCAUUCUAGAGCCAGGAACCCUGGAAGAGGUCCUUCCAGAGCCCCGAAAACCCCGAGAAGUCGUCUUUCUAUAGCAUACCCGAAGGAAGUCAUUCUAGAGCAAAAAAAACUGGAAUACAUUAUUCUAGAGCCAAAAUUUGGAAUAGGUCAUUCUAGAUACGCAAACCUGGAAUACCUUAUUCUAGAGCUACAACUGGGAAGAAGUCACUCUAGAUCCAUGAACCUGGAAUAAAUUAUUAUAGACCCAGUACCUGGAAGAAGUCAUUCUAGAGCAAAAACCUGGAAUAUAUUAUACUAGAGCUAAAGCCUGGAAGAAAUCAUUCUAGAACAAAAACCUGGAAGAAAUCAUUCUAGAGCAAUGCCUAAAAAAUAUAUAUUAUAAAUUAUUCCCACAGGUUAGCGGUGUCGUGAGAAUAAUCGCGUGGACACUUCGAAUAUGGUGAGUCAAAGUGGAGGGAAGGUCCUUCGCGUUCCCUUGGCCGCCGCUCUGUACGUACUCAACUACUGUGUCAUCAUCGUGUCGUUCCAUCAGUGCCAACAGACUGCGUCGCAGCGACAACUACCGGGCUUUGAUAUAUGUGCAUUAUGGCCUGAAGUAACGUUAUUUUUCUUCCACGUUCAAAAGACCACGUGGCCUGGUUUGUUAUCCUUGUGUUGAGGCUGAAGGGCACUUUAGCCCAAACGUACCCCCUUCAGGUCCUGGCGCAAGAACAUUAAUGCACUCAAGGAGAGACACUAAAGAUAAACAAGGUUUGUGGCCAGGUCUGGUCUUAUCAGCUUGAAUUCAAUAGGAUUACAAAAAACGGAUUACAAAGAGUGAGGUUUUUUUUUUACUUUACCAACGAGUGGAGCGUGUGGUAGCCUACGUCUGACUGAGCUGGAGCUCAGGAACCCUGGACGGUCUGUGUUCUUCUACAAAGCAGGAGGGGUACUUCCAAGGUCUUGCUGUGGUGUUGCAACACGUACAAACGGUGUGGACCUUGGGAGAUGUAGUCCUAUACGACAGACGUAUCCGCCAUGGUUGUAGUCCUCGUGGUUUGGAUCUUACAUACAGUGGUGAGCCACUGGACUUCUGAAAGUGGCCAGAAAUCGACUGAAAGAUUUGUGUUAUUUAUUGAUUUCCUUGAAGAAACUAAAGCUACCUUCUCUUGCUGUACAGUUUUUGAAAAGGUUACGUUUUGCUGCUAUUAGUUUACAUUUCUUUUAAAAAGAAAAGCGCACUGAUUUCCGCCUCUC